CACUGAAACAGCUGAUGCAGCUUUGAUGUAACGUAGAAAUAGAAAGUGAACACCGCCGUUCUAACUUAAGAGAAACUGUUGAUUUUAGGACAACGGGAGGUAGAAAUGGCUCGUAGUAACAAUGUGUCCUGCGCACUGUGCCAACGGUCCAAUGAGACGAAGAUAACCGGAGCCUUGUCGACUAAAGCCGAAGUCACCGCUCAUGAGAACUGUUUGUUCUUUUCUUCUGGUAUUUGUUGCGAGAAUUCACCGGAGUUUGACGACCUGUUUGGUUUCUCCGUAGAGGAUGUGUUAAAAGAAGUGAAACGAGGGAACAAACUGCUGUGCCACUAUUGUAAGAAAAAGGGCGCCACUGCUGGGUGUGAAGUGAAACGCUGCAAGAAGUCCUACCAUUACCCCUGUGCUGUUAAAGAUGGAGCCAAGACUAUUGAGGAUGAACAGAAUGGCUGUUAUGGGCUGUACUGCCUCAAACACUACAGCCAGCAAACAAGUAACAACGAUCAUGUCAAUGGACUCACAAAGCCUGGACCCUCCAAAAGUCCUACCGAAGCUGGACCAUCUAAGGUAUAUUGCCUGGCUUGUGAGCAGGUAGAAGGAAACAUCCACUUGGACAGUUUGUCCCAUAGCAUUACUAUGGCAUAUUGUGACAAACAUGCUCCUCCAUCACAUAAGAAAACAAAUGGUAAUUCUACAGCAGGCAGUCCAUCUGUGCACAGCAAUGACAGCAGCUCAUCCAACAGUACGAGACGCACCACUUUCAAGAGACCAUUGAAUGAGAGUGAGAAGCAGGAGGAGAGCCCCUCCAAACGUAGAACUGAAGCCAGGAAUGGGAUAGUAUCAGAUGAUACUUCAGAUUCAGAUGAGAAUGAAACUGUCCCUGAAACUGUAACGAUCCCCCCUUUAGAGUUUGAUUUAGAUGAAAGUGCGAACAGUGUUCCAGAGGACCAGGUAAGUCCAAUCUUUGAUUAUUCCACAGUAUCGUCAUCAUUAGAAGAUGUUUAAUAAGUUAAUGUCCUUUUUUCCUCCCUGGCUUUCGUUUCUGCGUUUGUCAACUGUGACUCAGCUCAUCAGAGCAGACACUGAGAGUGCCACUGGAUCCACUGCAG